CAGUGGUGGUUUCCUGAUGAUCUUGAUAUAGUUAGACAGAUCAGGAAGAGUGAUGAUAAGUUGGCCAAAGCUUCACUCGAAAAAAAUCAAAAAAAUCAAAAAAAUCAAAACACGGUCGUAAUGCCGACAAUCCAAGUAGAAAUGGUUCAUACUGAUUCAACUAAU